GUGCGCUGCGGGGAAUGCUCUUGCCCAUUUGGCCAGUGAGGACUAAGCGGAAGAGAAAAUCAUCUCUGCUGUGCUGCUGUCACAUAUUCAGGGAGAUAUAGACAGAACAGUCGGCCUCGGUUAGCUGUGUUUACAUCCAAUUCCGGAGCUAAAACAACGCUAGACUGCGGGUACAGGAGCGGGGAUGGAGCCUCAGGGCAGAGACGAAGGGAAGGGGCCGGUGCUGCACAUCGUGGUGGUUGGAUUUCACCACAAAAAAGGCUGCCAGGUCGAAUUUUCUUACCCGCCGCUGAUGCCAGACGAGGGUCAUGACAGCAACCUGCUCCCAGAAGAGUGGAAGUACCUCCCGUUCCUGGCUCUUCCUGACGGAGCUCACAACUACCAGGAGGACACGGUGUAUUUUCACCUGCCGCCUCUCAGUGGAGACACAAAGUGUGUCUAUGGAGUGUCCUGUUAUCGUCAAAUAGAAGCAAAGGCCCUAAAGGUCCGGCAGGCUGAUGUCACCAGGGAGACUGUUCAGAAGAGCGUCUGUGUCCUCAGUCGAGUGCCUCUCUACGGUCUGCUCCAAGCCAAACUUCAGCUCAUCACACACGCCUACUUCGAGGAGAAAGACUUCUCACAGAUCUCAAUCUUGAAGGAACUGUACGACCACAUGAACAGCUCUCUGAGGGGCUCAGCUCUGGACGGAUCACAGGUUUAUCUAGGGAUGUCGCCGAGAGAUCUAAUCCUGCACUUCAGACACAAGGCUCUCAUCAUCUUUAAGCUCAUUUUGCUGGAAAAGAAGGUCCUGUUCUAUGUGUCUCCUGUCAACAGACUAGUAGGAGCUCUGAUGACAGUGUUAUCGCUGUUUCCAGGCAUGAUCGAACACGGCCUGGUGGACUCGUCCCACUACAGACCUAAGAGCAGCGUGUCAGAGGACCAGAGUUUAGUGGAGAGUGUCUCGGGUGCCGAAGAGUUCGUCUCUGUGUCUGUCACCGACAUCGAUAGCUCCGCCCUUGACCUCGGGGUGGAGACGGCCCAGCCUGCCACAGAAUCCUCUGGGAAUAGCUCAGAGGGCGACAAUCACCACCUCAAGCCGCCCUCACGCAUCUCUCCUGAGUCCUCCGAGAGCGAGUGGGAGACUCUGGACCCCAGCGUGCUGGACGAAGGUGGACCGCAAGAGGCACCUUCUGAGACUGAGCCAGAGCUCCCGGAAACAUUUGACUCCAAACCCGGAACGCCGAUCACAGUGCAGCCGCAGGCAGUCACCGGUCAGGGAGGGGUCACCCAGGGCCUGGUGUCAGGUCUGGAGGAGGAUCAGUACGGCCUGCCACUCGCCAUCUUCACUAAGGGUUACCUGUGCCUGCCCUACAUGGCGCUGCAGCAGCAUCACCUCCUGUCAGACGUGACGGUGCGAGGCUUUGUCGCCGGAGCAACCAACAUCCUCUUCCGUCAGCAGAGGCACCUCAGUGACGCCAUCGUCGAAGUGGAAGAAGCUCGUAUCCAGAUCCAAGACCCCGAGCUCAGAAAGAUGUUGAGUCUGACCACUGCAGACCUGCGCUUCGCCGACUACUUGGUCAAACACGUGACGGAGAACCGCGACGAUGUCUUCCUGGACGGGACGGGCUGGGAGGGUGGAGACGAGUGGAUCAGAGCCCAGUUCACCCUCUACCUUCACUCCUUACUGUCUUCUGCAUUACAGCAAGAUAGCGAGCGGCUGCUGGCAGAUUACGGGGCACCUUUCGUCACAGCGUGGAAGAUCACCCACAACUACCGGGUGUGGUACAGCAACAAGCACCCCGGCAUGACCGCCGUCACCCCAGGACAUCCGUUCCAGGGUCAGUACAGCGUAGCCGACGUAAAGCUACGACUCUCACACUCGGUGCAGAACAGCGAGCGAGGGAAGAAGAUCGGAAACGCCAUGAUGACAACCAGUCGCAGUGUAGUCCAGACUGGGAAGGCAGUCGGUCAGUCAGUGGGAGGAGCAUUGACCAGCGCCAAGACGGCCAUGUCCACCUGGUUCUCCACAUUGGCUCAGCCGGCACCAGCAUCCACCCCAGCCUGUCCUGAACCUGCCACUGCAGUCAAACCGUGACAACUGACACCCCCGGAAAUCCUCAUUGACUCUGUUUCUGUGUCAUCCUCUGAUUGUGAAGCUUGGGGGCCGACAGAGUGAGCGCUAGUUUCAUGAAGGAUAGUAAAUCUCUAUUCAAAAUCAAAUGAGAGCCAUCUGAAAUAUACAGCCAUAAGUUGGUGUUUCUGGCACUUUUUUCCAGCAUCAUAUUUGCGGGGCGCAUCCCAAACAAGGAGGCAGACACUGCCUUUGUGUUAACUGUACAGUCCAUAACCACUGUGAGGCAGAGACUGCCACUGCUUUUGAUCAAAGCCAGAAAAUUCAGCAGGUUGCAUUUUUAUGUCUGACCGCCUCUUUCUCACUGCUGCCGUUUGUAUUGCUGGAUGCUUUCCUGUGAGACACUAGAGAUGCUGUUCUGGAGUUUGCAGUGUUCACUCUGUGCUGCAUAUUUAUACAGUUUGUCUAAAAAGGUGACUAUUUUGCUGAGAAAUGACAUUAAGUAAAAUAUAUAUAGAAAACAUAAGUCACAGCAUUGAAUGGAAAAGCAUGAUCUGUGGUCCCUUGAAAGUUUUAAUGGUACACAUUUUAAAUGCAGUCUGGAUCCCGUUUACCAGUCCCCUGUGGUAACAUUGUGGUUAAUGCAGUAACAGCGUGAAAUAUAACGUAUCACUUACAACAGCAAAUCAAGUGGUAAUGAAUCAGAAUUAUCGUUUUUAAUUUAACAGGACUGAUUUUAAAUGAAAAAAUCAAAACAAAAACUUCUUUAUAAUAGUCGCUAACAUCAUCAAAUUUAGCAAGCUAAUGCUACUUUUUAGCUAGCUUGAGAAAAAGAAUAUUAUAAGGAACAUUAUUGAUUGCUUGAUUUUUUUUUUUAAACAAAUAACAAACAAACAAACACCAAACAAACAUAGCCAAUGAAAAGUAAGUUAAAAUUUCUGUAUUAUUUAAAAAUUUUGAUUUACUUUUAAGUUAAAAUUAUUAGAUACCCAACUUCAAAUGUUGACUCCUCUCUAGAAGCUAACCUGAAAUUUUAAUUUAUGGAUAGUAAAAAAGUCAGAAACAAGCUUUCCUAGAAAACAUGCAGUUAUAAUGAUUGACAUUUUUUUUGAAUAUUGUUUUUAAAAAGAGAAGAAUUUAAUAAGAUGAGUCUAACAUUUUUUUUAAGCAAAAGUCCCCCCCCCCAAAACUAAAACACACAAGAAAAUUGGCUAAUGUUACUUUACUUUUCAACUAGCUUACAAGUUAAAAAAUGUAAUUGUAAAUGUAAAAUUAAAUUUCAGAUUUCUUUCCUUUCAGAUGGAACUUCAGACUUCUAAGUCGUUGUGAUAACAACAUUGUGUUUAUGACUUAAAGUUUAUGGACCUUUAAAUCUUUAAAAUCUUUGCAAAUGUAGGAACUAAUACGUGAACACUAUUAACAUGACCAUAAGACACUAAUGUUACAAAGAGAAAUGUUGGUUUGAUGUGACCAUUCAAACAAAGUUAACCAGUUAACUUUGUUUGAAUUUUUUUUUGCUGCUGUUACCAGAAAAACAGACUUUUUUUUUUUAAUGGCAAAUGUUAGCUUUAGCUAGGUAACAGCUAAAGAAAAAGCUGGCGUAAAAAACCCACCAAUGUUACUUAAACUGGCUUAAUUUGGCUGUUCCAGGAUAUUUUGGUGAGGAGAAAUAAAAUAAUUUUAUUUUAGACAAUAACGGGAAGGAGUCAAAAAGGAGAAAAUGGGAAGCAUUUUUUUAAACUAACUUGUAGCUUAAGUUACUGAGUCCACUGUAUUGUUUAGUAUCAAUUAUUUUUACAUGUAAAUGUUUUUAUUUGAUUUACAUUUUGUCUGUUUUGUGGAAAUAUGUAAUUAAAAACGGUAUCAAAUUGAAUAAUUCUUUUCAGUUGACAUUACUUGAUUAGUCAUAGCUCUAGAUUUGAUUCACUCCUACAUAAACAUUACAAUUCCAAAUUUCAAAUCGCGAACACGCUGUUAUGAUAACACCACAAUGUUAUUACAGAAAUCCUUGUGAACCUAAUGUCUGAUUGUGAUGAAACCCAGCUGUGUUUGACAGGGUAUUGUAAUCCCUUACCUAAGCCUUUUUGUACUUUACUGUCAGUAUACAUGCAUAAAUAUCUUUUAAAAAGUAUAUUUGAAGAUGGUAAAGCAGACAACUUAUUUAUUUCUUGUGUAACUUGUUGUCCCACGACUAUCCAUGUUUUGUUGUAACAACACUGGAAAAAGUCCCAGUCUGUGGACCACUGUGUAUUUGCACAAAGCAGCUGUUAUAUCUUCUUUUUAUGGAUCUUUACCUUGUAUAACUGUAAUUUUGAGGUGCUUGAAGGAUCUUUUCCCUCCAUGCUACAAAUACUCAACAACUGUUGGAUUAAAAGUGGUCCAGUGAGCAUGCUCUGUCCAGUCCAGUUUUACAGUUUUUGUUUUCUUCUUCACGCUUCUUUGGACAUUGACUCAUUUUCUGGUGUUUUGAUUUAGAAUUAAGUAUGUUAAAUUGCUAACUGUAAAGAAAAGCUGCUUUUUUAAAUCCUCUAAUGAUAUAUUUUCAUUUUGUAUUUAAGUAUAUAUAUAUAUAUAUAUAUGAAUGUAUUAUGAAUUCAGAUUCAGAUUAUUUUCUUGACAGAUGCUUUUAAUGUAUUGGAGAAGGACAUCGGGUUAACUAUAUUGCUGUAUUAAACAAUCAAAACAAAAA